CGGGGCGGGGCGUGGGGUGGGAGCUGCGCCAAACUGACGCGGAGCUGCAGAGGUCGCAUUCCGCCGGGUCUCGGAAGCUUCCGGCGUUUGGCAGAGGGGACUGAGUGACAGCCUAGAGGAUAGUGGGAGCUAUUUCCUGGGAACUCUCCUGGUAAAUAUAGUUCAAGCAGUGACCUGGUGCCUUCAUCCCCGCAGUGCGUGCCUCGUGUCUGUGCCAGCCCCAGAGGUGGGCUCCGUGGGUUAUCCCGAAGGUAAACCAUACAGACCCGGCCCUGAGAAUAGCAUAGUCGGACCUGUGAGUUGCGGUUAUGAGAAGCCCAAGCUCAGGGUCAACGCGGUGUGCUUCUACGUGUGGGAGAAUCACAGAUCUAAGAUAGCAUGGAUCUGCCUGUGGAUGAAUGGAAAGCCUAUGUACUUCACAAGUGGUCUUUCCUCCCACAGUCAGUUCAGGUCACGAUGUCAGCUGCAAAGACCUUGAGCAGCGUCUUUCUUCACGCUUCUUCCCUUCUUCAACCUGAGGAUGAGAUGUUUUUAAAGAGGCUUUCUAGUAAUUACUUGGUGGAAAAGGACUACAAUGCUCCCCUUUUCUACAGAGAAGAAGGAAACAAAAAAUUCCAAGAGAAGGAAUACACAGGAGCCGCGGUGCUAUACUCCAAGGGCAUUUCCCAUUCAAGGCCUGACACUGAGGACAUUUCCCUGUGUUAUGCCAAUCGCUCUGCAUCCCUUUUCCAUCUGGGUCAGUAUGAACUGUGUCUUGAAGACAUAGUCAGAGCACAGAUGCAUGGGUAUCCUGAAAGGCUGCAAUGUAAGAUUAUGCUGCGUAAGGCAGAAUGCCUGGUGAACCUGGGAAGAUUACAGGAGGCAAGACAGGCCAUCAGUGAUCUUGAAAGCAACCUCACUGCCAAGUCAACUUUGGCUGUUUCCCCCUGUCAGACUCUGCAGAGAAACCUCCAUCAUCUGAAAAUGAAGAUGCAAGAAGAGAAGAAUCCCCCAGAAACCUCAGACGCUCUCACCAAAGCCUUUGAAGAUAUGGACCUAAGAGAAGAGAAUAAACAAAUUUCCAAAGCAUCGUUAUGUGUCAGCUUAUGCACAGACCCUUUGAAAGGCCGCUGUCUAGUUGCCACCAGAGACAUUCACCCAGGGGAACUCCUGGUGAAGGAAGAUGCUUUUGUAAGUGUCCUUAACCCAGGCGAACUACUGCCACUGCAUCUUGGCCUAGAGAACAAGUGGGAUACCAGAGUUGCCAAUGUGGACCUCUAUUGCCACCGAUGUCUGAAGCACACUUUGGCCACAGUGCCCUGUAGUGGAUGCAGCUAUGCCAAGUACUGUAGCCAAGAGUGUAUGCAGCAGGCAUGGGAGCACUAUCACAGCACGGAGUGUUCUCUAGGGGGGCUGCUUCUCACGCUCGGGGUCUUUUGCCACCUUGCACUGAGGUUGACUCUUUUAGCUAGAUUUGAGGAUGUUGACAGAGUUGUAAGGAAGCUUUGUGAUGAGACUGACAACAAAGACAUCUGUUUAUCUGGAAACAAGAAUCUGGUCAAGACAUUUAAUUACACAAAUUUCAGGGAGAGUGAGGAGAAAAGCAAAAUAGUUGAGACACCAAUUCCCGGGUGUAAUGUUAAUGGGAAGUAUGAAAAUAAUUAUAAUGCUGUCUUCAACCUUUUGUCCCAUACUGAGAAGCAUAGCCCAGAGCACAAAUUCCUCUGUGCUGUCAGUGUCUCUGCACUGUGCAGGCAGCUCGAGGCAGCCAGCUUGCAGGCCCAAACCACAGGCUUAAAGUCCUCUAAACUGAAAGCCGCAGUGACUCCUGGAUUGUGUGCAGAUUUCACUCUUUGGGGAGUGGCCAUGCUGCGACACAUGCUACAGCUGCAGUGUAAUGCUCAAGCGAUAACCUCCAUACAGCACACAGGGUCUAGAGAGAGCAUCAUUACCAACAGCAGACAGAUACGCCUUGCCACAGGUAUCUUCCCUGUCGUCAGCCUCCUGAACCACUCCUGCAGCCCCAACACCAGUGUGUCCUUCACCAGCACUGUCGCCACCGUUCGGGCAGCACAGCAGAUUGGAAAAGGACAAGAGAUUGUCCACUGCUAUGGGCCUCAUGAGAGCCGGAUGGGUGUUGCUGAAAGGCAGCAGAGGCUGAGGUCUCAGUACUUCUUUGACUGCAGCUGCCCAGCCUGUCGCACUGAGGCGCUCGGAGCAGCUGCAGGACCCAGGUGGGAAGCCUUCUGUUGUAACACAUGCAGAGCACUCAUGCAGGGAGGUGCUGUGCUGAGCUGUGGCAACAGAUCUUGCAUGGAAUCUGUCAACAGGGACCGCCUGGUCUCUCACCUACAAGAUCUCCAGCAACAGGUUUACAUGGCCCAGAGACUUCUCAGAGAUGGUAAACUCGAGGAAGCCAUUCUACAGUUGUUGGGGUGCCAGGAGGAUGCUGAGAGCUUCCUAUCAGCAGAGCAUGCUAUGGUGGGGGAAAUCGAAGAUGGGCUGGCACAGGCCUAUGCUGCCUUAGGAGACUGGCAAAAGUCUGCUACCCAUCUACGGAAGAGUCUCCGAGUGGUUGAAGCCCGCCAUGGGCCAUCCAGUGUUGAAAUCGGCCAUGAGCUCUUCAAACUGGCCCAAGUCUUGUUCAAUGGGUUUGCAGUACCUGAAGCUCUGAAUGCCGUAGAGAAGGCAGAAAAGGUCCUGUUGAUGCACUGUGACCCUGAGAGUGACGAGAUCCAGGAGCUCCAGGAGAUGAAAUCUUAUUUAUUGGACUUGUCACACAUCCCUGUGGUGCCUUUGGUAUAGGGUCUACACUCUGACCCCCAGGAAUGGAACCCUGGCAGAUGCGUUGAAGAGGUUAUGUUGAUGUAAAGCUGUCAUCAGGAAAGACAGGACUUACCCAAGUCCCAAGCCUAAUGUCAGGGCAAGGAGGACAUGGAAACAUGACAGCUGAGAGACAGUCACCUGUUCUAAUGGAUAUUUCUUGAUAGUUAAUUGCCCUCAAUAAAAACUUCUAGUCCCCAGAAAAGACUUACAGCUAGUAUCUAGAGAGGCCGAGUCCUCUGAAAGGAUUGUAGCUGAUCUGCAGACAGCUGGAUGUUAGCCUGGAGUUUUGGCUAGCUUCCAUCUCACUAAAAGAUGAGUCUAUUUCCCUGGGACAUUCCCUGGGUUUCUAGUAGUAAUGAAGUACUGCUUACCACUCCAGUGGGAACUUCAACUCUUGGUUGUUGUAUUGUAAUUGAAAAAUAAUUAUACAGCAAGAACUCAGCAUGGCUCCUUACCUCAAGAGACACACGAUACCACUUACAAUAUCCUGAUUCCUUAAAUUCUUCAUUAAAACAGAUUGUGUAUAAAUUGUGAAUAGAGAAAUAAAGAGGGGCCAUUUUAUUGUUGGGCAAUGCUUCCUGGAUGGCGACCCUGGAUUUGUUCCUGCCAGUUUUCUAGUCCUUAUUCUCUGACUCAUUUAAUCUUCUCGGCAGACUUACUGUCCAAACACUAAUAAAGUCAGACUUGUAAGAAUGA